ACGACCCAGGACACCCAUCAAAAGAAUGGAAGCAUGCUCGUAAGAAGUGAAGUCGGCGACCAAGCUUCCGUGCCGGCCGCGACCAAGCUUCAGUCAACAUCGAAUCAAUCAGACCGCAACCCUGAAGGAUCUGCCAAGCAAAACGGCCAAACAUCUGCCUUACCCACAACGGUAGAAUCGCUGGCCAACGGUGAGGAGGGGUCGUGCCAGGAGCAGAAAACACCUACGUUAGCGCACACAAAACGUGCGAUUCGUGUGGUGUCAUUAGAAAGAUUGCUGCGACCCAGCCUGGUCAACACAUUGGAUGAUGCCGGAGCAAAAGUUGUGAAAGCUUCCGGCGCAAGCAACUCGACUCCACGAAAAUCGAAACGCAACAUUAGCAUUAUCGAAAUAAGUAGCAGUGAUGAUAGUGAAUCCUCGUCUGUCAUUAGCUUGCACGACGAUGUUUUGAACGAAAGUGCCAAUGAAUCUACGAGCACUCACCGGAGCAAACAAAUACACAAGAAUGGCGGAAGCCGUACCAUCGCGAACGGCGUGAAGCUUGCUGCAGGGGCAUAUCAGAGAAAAAUGGCUAGGAACUCAAGAAAACGGAGAGCCGUGACUGAUAGUGAAGAGGAUGAUGGUGCGGAAAAUACAGGAAAAAAUGAGUCUCCAGUCGAAGAGUCCCCGGCCGCGGUCAAUGGCAGUGAUACUAGUGAUGAGGAUACGACAGAAAAUAACAGCAAUGAUCCAGAAACAGGUAAAUCCAACGCCAACGUAGAAAGAAAACGCAGGGCCGCGGCACGAUCCUGCCGCACGAAUCAGGCACGGCAGGACCAAAGUACCGAUGAGGAGCAGCAGAAGGAUGAGAGUGAUGAGGACGGCAUUCAGUUGCGCAGGAAACGCGCACGAAUAAGAAAAAACUCUUCUUCGUCGGAUGAGAAAAAGAAAGCCAAGCCGAAGCUAACGAAGCGCAAACGCAUCAAGACGAACUCGUCCGGCGACAGCGAGGAAGACUCGCCCACCAAGGGUCGAAAGAAUAUUCGCAAGGUACUGAAAAAGAGCGAUCUCGAGCAGACGACCAAGAACGCUGAGCUAGAGGAACGGGAACGCAAACAGCGCGUGGCCGAGCGGCAAAAGCACUACAACCAGGAGGCGUUCGACGAGAAGCCGGAGGAAAUUCGCCCGCUCGAGCAGCUGGUGUUGGACUUUGAUGAUGAAACGAAGAAACCGCUGCUGGAGGUUGACAAAAAGCUGGUCAAACAGCUGAAGCCACAUCAAGCGAAUGGUGUCAAGUUUAUGUUUGACGCAUGCUUCGAAAGUCUGGAGCAAAUGAAGGAAAGCAAGGGUUCCGGAUGCAUCCUGGCGCACUGCAUGGGAUUGGGUAAAACGCUCCAAGUCGUUGCGUUGGCCCACACGCUCAUUACGAACUCCGACGUUACGGGAGUGAAACGAAUACUAGUGGUCUGUCCACUGUCGACAGUCUUGAACUGGGCGAACGAAUUCAGCAUCUGGAUGAAGCACGUCCGCAAGAACAGCGAGAUUGAUGUUUACGAAAUAUCAAAGUCCAAGGACAACGUGGCACGUGCCAAUUUGCUGAUGGAAUGGCACAAUGAGGGUGGCGUGAUGAUUAUGGGUUACGAUAUGUUCCGCAAUCUGGCCAACCCGUCUGCGGCACGUAUACGGAAAAAGGUGCGCGAAUCGCUGCAAAUAUCGCUCAUCAAUCCCGGCCCGGAUAUGAUCGUAUGUGACGAAGGUCACCUGCUCAAAAAUGAGAAAACAUCCCUUUCGAAGGCGGUGACACGCAUCACGACGCUACGCCGAAUAGUACUGACUGGUACACCGAUACAGAACAAUAUGAAAGAAUAUUACUGUAUGGUGCAGUUCGUGAAACCGAAACUGCUCGGUACGUACCCGGAGUACACGAAUCGCUUCGUCAACCCGAUUACGAAUGGACAGUACACCGACAGUACGCCCCAUGAUAUUCAGGUGAUGCGGAAGCGUUCUCACGUGCUCCACAAGCUGCUGGACGGUUGUGUUCAGCGCCGUGACUACUCCGUGUUGUCGCCAUUUCUUCCCCCCAAGCUGGAAUUCGUGCUCUCAGUCAAGCUCACCCCGAUGCAGUGCACUCUGUACAAGCAUUACAUGGAGAACUUUGCCGGCAAGCGACAAACCGACGACAUGAUGCAGAAAGGUACGUCGAUGUUGUUUACUGACUUUCAAAAUUUGCAACGCAUUUGGACCCAUCCCAUGGUGUUGCGCUACAAUAGUGAUCGUUAUGAAAUUAAUCAACAAAAAAAGCGGUUUGAAGAGGAUUCUGAAGAGGAAUCGGCCGGAUCGAUAAAAGAUUUUCUUGACGAUAGUGAGAGUGAACAAAUGACAUCCAGUGGAUCCUCCUCGGAUUCGGAAGACGAUGUGAAGUCUGUUCAUGAUGUGGCCGACAGUGAUAGCAGCUCGUCGUCCGAGGAUUCGUCCAAAAGCACAAGUAAAAAGGCUACAACGGGUCCUUCCGUGUCACCGCGUCGAACCCGUACAAAAAAGAAGGAAGUGGAAGAGGAGCCAAUCGAGUUACCGAAGGCAGAAAACCCGACCGAAUGGUGGAUGCAGUUGUGUCCGGAAAGCGAGCUUGAUAAUUUGGAACACUCCGGGAAGCUGAUGUUACUGAUGGAAAUUCUUAAAGAGUGUGAAACAAUCGGAGAUAAGCUUUUGGUGUUCUCCCAAUCGCUCUAUGCGUUGGACGUGAUCGAACACUUCCUCUGGUUGCUGGACGAAAACACGCAGAAAAAGGAGGAGGAGCGGAAUGAAACGUUGAGCAAAUAUCCUGGCUCGUGGGCGCUCGGUUUGGACUAUUUCCGUCUGGACGGAUCGACUUCGAUGGAUAAUAGAAACGAUGCCUGCAACAUAUUCAAUGACGAGAGCAACACAAGAGCAAGGUUAUUUUUAAUUUCAACACGUGCCGGAGGGUUGGGCAUCAAUCUGGUGGCAGCCAAUAGGGUCGUUAUCUUCGACGUAUCGUGGAAUCCAUCGCAUGACAUACAGAGCAUCUUCCGCUUGUAUCGAUUCGGGCAGCGUAAACCGUGCUAUGUUUAUCGGCUUAUUGCCAUGGGCACAAUGGAGGAGAAAAUCUACGAACGUCAGGUGACAAAGCAAGCGAUUUCCAAGCGUGUGAUCGACGAGCAACAGAUCGAUCGACACUACAAAGCGAACGAUCUACAGGAGCUGUACAGGUACGAUUUGGAGCCGGCUGAAGCUCGGCCAACACCGAACGUACCGAAAGAUCGCCUGUUUGCCGAGUUACUGCAGCGGUUCGAUACAAUUAUCUACAAGUACCACGAGCACGAUUCGCUGCUGGAAAACAAGGAAGAAGAAACUCUCGACGAGGAAGAACGCAAAGCCGCCUGGGAGGAAUUCGAACAGGAGAAAAACCGUCCGCCGGUGCCGGCAUUCGGUAUGGCAGUUGGCAACUAUGGUAUGGGUAUGGGCACAGGAAUGGCAAUGGGUGGUCGAGUUACUGGUCCGGUAACGUCGAGUACUACGUACGGUUUCCGGAACGACGUUUUGCUGAAGCUACUAAACAUGAAAGCUCGUCAGGAUAAUCCUCAUUUGGGCGACAACAUCAUUAACACCAUGAUCCCUUAUAUGAUGCAAGAAUUGCAAAUGCAAAUGAAAGAAGGCGAAUUAUCGCUUUAUAGAAGUUUGUGGGAUCUUUACUACCAGUUGGAAGUUGGAGUUCCUUCACAAACUCUUCAGACCCAGCCAAUGGGUUACGCAGCGGGUAACGCGGGAAUGCUCGGACAACCUCCACGGAUCCAUCAGCCAACGAUGUCGACAUCUGCUGGAACUAUGUCUUAUGCUUAUCCCAAUCAAAGUGGAGCACCGUUUGUGGUUGGCAUGCCGAACCAACAACCGGGAAUCAGCGGUUUGCAUCAAGUCGGCGUUGCUCCUGCAGUCAGCGGUCCUCCCAUCAUUGAUCCUAAUAUAGUAGAGCUUGAUUAAUGGUAAAAACCACAUUAUUUAAAAAUGACACAUGUCGGUGUACGAUACCUAACCUCUAAUUUUCAAGGUUCAGUUAAGAUGCGUUCGAUUUUCUUCUUCUACCAUGCAUGCAAGAUUGCUAGUACGUGUGAAGCACUAAUAUAUGAAACAUUCUUAUUAUAAAUUAAUAAUAAUAAAAAAUCAUGUAGAAACCGC